UGAACUUUGUUUUGUAAUCCCUUAGGUGAAAGAAAUUCUCAUUGAAGAGUCAAAUGUACAACCCGUCAAUAGCCCUGUAACUGUUUGCGGAGAUAUCCAUGGCCAGUUUCAUGACCUAAUGAAACUCUUUCAGACUGGAGGUCAUGUUCCAGAGACAAAUUACAUCUUUAUGGGUGAUUUUGUUGAUCGAGGAUAUAAUAGUUUGGAAGUCUUCACUAUUUUGUUACUUCUAAAAGCCAGAUACCCGGCAAAUAUUACCCUUCUACGUGGGAAUCACGAAAGCAGGCAACUAACACAGGUCUAUGGUUUUUAUGAUGAGUGCCAGAGAAAAUAUGGGAAUGCCAACGCAUGGAGAUACUGCACUGAUGUUUUUGACUACCUUACUUUGUCAGCAAUUAUUGAUGGAACGGUGCUGUGUGUCCAUGGUGGUUUAUCUCCCGAUAUAAGAACUAUUGAUCAGAUGAGGGUUAUUGAUCGGAAUUGUGAAAUUCCACAUGAGGGUCCAUUUUGUGAUCUCAUGUGGAGUGAUCCUGAGGAGAUAGAGACCUGGGCUGUAAGUCCACGUGGAGCAGGAUGGCUUUUUGGCUCUAGGGUGACUUCAGAGUUUAAUCAUAUCAACAAUCUCGAUCUGGUCUGCCGAGCACAUCAACUUGUCCAGGAAGGUUUGAAAUACAUGUUCCAAGACAAAGGUCUUGUCACAGUCUGGUCUGCACCAAAUUACUGCUAUAGGUGUGGAAAUGUAGCUUCUAUACUUAGUUUCAAUGAGAAUAUGGAGAGAGAGGUAAAGUUCUUUACAGAAACUGAGGAGAAUAAUCAGAUGAGGGGACCUAGAACAGGGGUUCCAUACUUUUUGUAGAAGCCGAUUCUUGAUUUUUUUUCCCCUACGAAGUGCUUCAGUUUUCCUGUCUUUAUGGCUUAAUUUGUGUUGCAUGUGGAGGGUUUAUGAGCAUGGAGGUCAUCAUGGAAAGAAGGAAAUGCUACUACCUGUGACCGGAUUAGUGGUUCUGCUAGAGAAAAUUUAAGAAUUCUGAUGGGAAAGAUUAUUAUAGUGGCAGAUUUGUAGCCAUACUGAUUUUCUGUACUCAGCUGUGUAUUAUAUAUUCAUGUUUUCAUUUCAGUGUUGUUACUGCUAAGCCUCUUGAUUUUCCCAUUAUUCUUCUACAAUGAUUUGUCCAUGAUUGCAGCCCAGAGACCAUAGCAAAAUGAUGAGCUCAAAAGCCAGCUCGCUUACUUCAUAAGAGUUGAGAUUUCGGAGAAGCUAUGAUUGAGAAUGACAUUCUACUGCCAAUUUUGUCUUGUAAUCUUAGCAGAUUUCCAAUGUCUUGCUUGCAGCUCAUCAAUUUGACAUUUUGUAGGCAAUCUUUGUUCUAAGGGUUGGUGAUAUUUAAGCAUCUUUGUUCU